GAGAGGGGCAGCUGCCGUCGCCGCUGCGUCGUCCCCUUUACUACUGUUUUCCUCCAUGUGCCCCGGCGCCGUCGCUCCCCUUCCUCAGGCCGCCGCUUACCCCGGGGUCUAUGGAAGUAAUGGAAGGACCCCUCAACCUGUUUGUCUUCACAGCAGAUGGUGGCAGUUCUGAAGAAAAGUAAGCUACACUGGAAAGGAAGUAGGAAAAAAGAUGCAGCAGAGCUGCAUGUGGGAGAAAUUGAUCCUUAGACUUAAAAUCAAAAACAGGUCUUGGACUUCUCUAACACUUGAACAGUUAUCGCUCAUCAACAGAGCAGACGAGCAGAUCGUUUAUUAGCUGCAGGGAAAUACGAAGAGGCUAUUUCUUGUCACAAAAAGGCCUCAGAGUGUACCCUCCAGUGUUGCCUUAGGGCUGGACUACAGACCACACGGUUGGAUACUGGUUUGACUAAGUUCUUUUAUGUCAGUGAUUUUUGCCUACACGCCCGUGAUUUUCAGAGAAAAUUUCAAGUCUUAUUUUUAAAAGAAUUAGUUUUGCCACUGAAGUGUACCCCUUCAGCAGUAAGGCUGAGGGCCUAAUAUGUACCCUGUAAGUCUUUGUGAAUUUUUAUGCAUAUCUUUCUGAAGCCAUGAAGCUCACACAGUCUGAGCAGGCUCAUCUGUCACUGGAAUUGCAAAGGGAUAGCCACAUGAAACAGCUGCUCCUCAUCCAGGAGAGGUGGAAAAGGGCCAAGCGGGAGGAGAGACUGAAAGCCCAGCAGAGCACAGACAGGGAGGCGGCCGCCCAGCUGCAGGCAUCUCCCAGGCCCUCUUCUGAGGACGCCGAGGGCCAGAGUCCCCUUCUCUCUGAGAAAUACGGCCCUUCCGCGGAGAAGCGUCUGCCUGAAAUUCAGGGGGUCUUUGACAGGGACCCAGACACACUCCUGUUUUUACUUGAGCAGAAGCGUGAGCCGGCAGAGCCGCGCGUCGGAAGCAGAGCGCCCAAAGAUGAUAAGACAGUCAUAGAGGAGCAGGCGACCAAGAUCGCCGAUUUGAAGAGGCAUGUGGAGUUCCUCGUGGCUGAGAAUGAAAGAUUAAGGAAGGAAAAUAAACAGCUGAAGGCCGAGAAGGCCAGACUUCUAAAGGGCGCAGUAGAGAAGGAGCUGGGUGUGGAUGCUGACUUCGUAGAAAAGUCGGAGCUGUGGAGCUUGCCGCCGCCUCCCGAGACCGCCGAGGCCUCGUCCGGCUGGCAGAGCCUGGCCGCGAGCGCGGGGAGAGCCAAGGACAUCCCCAUACCCAGUCUCCCGCCCCUGGAUUUCCCGUCCCCGGAGCUUCCCCUUAUGGAGCUCUCGGAGGAUCUUCUGAAAGGGUUUAUGAAUAAUUGAAACGGAAGGCCAUACAAGAGCUGAGGAGACAAGACAAAAUAAUAGAGUAAUACAGUUCAUCCAGAAAAAAAAGGGAAAACCACACGGGGGGCGAUAGCAGAGACGGGCCGGGGAGGGGGGCCCGCGCGGGGCCGGGAAACGCUCACUGUGACGCGUCCCGUGUGCGGCGGAGCCCGGGCGCUGAGGACUCCAGACGGGCCAGACACCAGGCUCCCGGGGGCUCCCUCUCUCCUGAUACAAACCAAAUGGCUACCUGGAAUAACGUUUUCAAGCAACAGUUAUUUUUCUUAUCUUCAGGGUUAAAAUGUAUAAAAGUCUGUUAUGUAUAAUUAAUCUAUAAUGCCAUAAAUGAUAAUGCAAAGCCUAAAUAAUAUGGCGGCCUGAGGGGCCACCUUGUAUUUGAAACAUGCUUUCUAUCAUGCAUUGACUCUAUGCAUUUUGUUAUGCACAUUUCGUUUGUUGAGUAAGGUGUGUAAGACACACCUUUCUAGCUGAAACUCUGUGCGCCACACUUUGCACUACUCAUGACAUAAUGAGAACCUCAAGACUAUCAGGAGAAAUAUUUAAAUUUCCAUUUUAUGAAGAAAGGAACCAAAUUGUUAUUUUUUUUUUAAAUUACCAGUUUACAUAAUUAAUCAGGGUGCAUUUUAAGUUCUGUUUUAUUGUUUAAAUGUAUCAUUUGAAAGUACUAAGGAAAUAUCCUUUUCUUUACUGAUGCAUGAGUGGAAGUGAUGGUAGUUGGCAGUGUUUGAUUGUAAGAAGUCAAUAAAGUAAUUGUGUUUUA